CUCAUUUCUCUGUAUUUGCACGUAUAUUAUGUUUAUACUUUCUGAAUUAGAGGAUACAGUUAAAAUUAUCCCUAACGAUUUUAAAAAAGAUGAUAAUGAUGCCAUUACUGAUGUAUUGAAUGAAAAGUAUGCUAAUAAAGUAGUGCAAGAAGUCGGUCUUUGUAUAUGUGUUCACGAUAUUUUAGAAACAUCAGAAGGCUUCAUUCUUUAUGGUGAUGGCUGUAGUUAUAUUAAAGUCACAUUUCGAGUUGUUGUGUUUAGACCUUUUGUUGGUGAAAUAUUAGUUGGUAAAAUCAAGAGUUGUUCACCUAAUGGUGUUCUAGUGACUAUGGGAUUUUUUGAUGAUAUUUUGAUUCCAGGAGGGGCGCUUCAACCUGGAACUAAAUUUGAUCCAGCAGAACAAGUUUGGGUGUGGAAUUAUGAAGGAGAAAAGAUGUAUAUGGAUAUUGAAGAACCUAUUCGAUUUCGAGUAUUACGUGAGCAAUUUACAGACAUUACACCGACAGUGCAUCCACCUUUACCACCUACAGGUCGUAGACGAUCUAUAGCAGAUACUACUGCAAAUGAUGACCUUGCUGCCAAUUCCACUAAAAUACCACCCUAUUCAAUUACUUGUACAAUUCAAGAAGAUGGUUUAGGCCUUUUAUCAUGGUGGGGAAGUUAAAAGUGAUGAAUAUAUAUUUAUGUAUACACACAUAUAUAUGAAGACUCUCUC